CCGAGCACCUUCCCUGGGCGAGGCCAGGCUCUCGGAAGCAGGCCCGCUCGACCAGGUUCUUUGGUGUCCUAGCAACCAGGAACUCUGAUCUGAGCUCCAGCCAGGACAGAGGCCAUUCCUGCCUGACCGCUGUGACUCGCCGCCUCCCCGGGCCCCAGAGGACCUGUCCGUGUAGUUUUGGGGGCCCCCGGAAGCUCCCAUUUGUCCCCAGGACGCACCGACCCAGCCCCGGGCAGGAUGAGCUUCUCGCUCACGUUCACGGAGUUGGCCAACAUCGCCAUCCCGCAGUGCGGGGUGGUCAACUUCAAGGCGCUGCACCUGCUGCUGCAGGGCAUGCUGGAGCACAUCCACAUGGGCGAGCUCAAGAAGGUCCUCUCGGGGGACGAGGACUUCCUCCAGACCUCGCAGGUCCUGACGGUGCCCAGGGAAGGGGACGCCCAGCCCAUCCUCAACCCCAUGAAAAGGCUCAGCAACGUCUUUGACCACGUGGUGAGCCGUGUGGACAGGAUGGAGACCCAGCUGGCCUCGCUGCAGGACCUGCCCACCACCUCCCAGCUGCUGGAGGCCAGCCAGGGGACCAGCCGGCCCGCCCAGGACCUGUGGCAUCUCAUCAAGCUCCGGAAGAUGGUGGAGGGCAAUGAGGAAGCCACAGCAAAGUCAAUGCAGACCCUGCAGGAUUUGCUCACCGAUCUUCACGUACUCAAGGUCACCGUUGAAACCCUCAGGCAGGAUGUGGACAGGCUGAAGGACAUGUAUAAAAAGAUGCAUGUGGAAAGACUAGAUAUCUUCUCUGAUGACUUGAAAGCGCAGAACAGGAAGAUGAACGUGCUGCAGCGGGACGUGAUUUCUCUCCAGAACAAGUUUCGAGGCAUCCCCCAAACCGAUGAGAUGGUGCUCUGGAGCGGGCUCCACGAGGCCAUGUUCACCCCUGAAGCGGAUCCACUCCUGCGGGAACCCUCUGGUCCUUGGCAGACCACAGAGAAGCUCCCAGACGCUGCCCUGGCACAGGCCCCCGAGUACCUGGAAGCUGCUCAUCGCACCCCGGUCUCAGAGGUCAUCCAAAGCCCCCGACUCCUGCAGACCGCCUGGCAUUAUGAGGUCCCAGGGCUGCUGCUGGAGGAGGAGUCUCCCCAGAAGGUUUCAGUCAGCAGUGCCCAGGAGACAGGCCAGCCUCUGGCCCUCACGCCUGGGCUCAUGUCCCAGCUUGGGCCUGCACCCGAGCCUGCACUUGGGCCCACACCUGGGCCCAUACCAGGGCCCGCACCGGGACCCAUACCAGGGCCCGCACCGGGACCCAUACCUGGGCCCGCACCGGGACCCAUACCUGGGCCCGCACCGGGACCCAUACCAGGGCCCGCACCGGGACCCAUACCUGGGCCCGCACCGGGGCCCAUACCUGGGCCCGCACCGGGGCCCAUACCAGGGCCCGCACCGGGGCCCAUACCAGGGCCCGCACCGGGGCCCAUACCUGGGCCCGCACCGGGGCCCAUACCAGGGCCCGCACCGGGGCCCAUACCUGGGCCCGCACCGGGGCCCAUACCAGGGCCCGCACCGGGGCCCAUACCUGGGCCCGCACCGGGGCCCAUACCAGGGCCCGCACCGGGGCCCAUACCUGGGCCCGCACCGGGGCCCAUACCAGGGCCCGCACCGGGACCCAUACCUGAGCCCGCACCGGGGCUGGAGUCUAAGCCCAUGCCUGUGCUGGGGCCUGUGCUGGGGCCCAGUGGGACACCUAGGUUUGUGACGGCACCUUGGCCUGCCCCAGGUACCCAGCUCCUCCCAUUGGGAGUCCGGCCUGUUCUCGGAGGUGGCCCCGGGCCUGGCACACAGCCUUUCUGGGGCUUACGCUUCCUGCAACCCACUCAGCCCCAGCCCUCCAGGGCUCCACCGCCCGCCACAGAGUUAGGCUCAGCAUGGCCUCAUCCACUGCAGCCACUGCAGCCUCGUGGGGCAGACGCCUACCAGCUCCCGGCUGUCGAGGAAAGGAGGGAGGAAACUGACGCCUCCUUCCCGAGAAUGUCUCAGGAUGGGGUCCCCAAGGAUGGAGCCCAAAGGGAUAGGAAGGCAAAGGACAGAGCCCGCAAGGAUGCGGCCCCGAAAGACAGAGCCCCCAAGGCUGGGGCCCCUGGGGAAGCACAGCCUAAGGGUCCCCAGUCCUCCAUUCAGCGGAUAAGAACUGCUGCAGCCAUCGCUGCUGCCGCCGCUGCAGCCUACACAGCCACCGCCAGCUCCGCAGCCCGGGCAGCCAAGCUCGCUGCCCAGGCGGUCAAGGAUGCCCCUGCCACCAAACUGGCUGCCAUAGCAACAAUUAUGGCUACAUCUGGGCCCUUGGGGGUCUCUGCAGAUGUCCUGGGUGGAGGGCCUUCCCGCGGGGCCCUCACUGAUGACAGGGAGGAGCUGGAGGAGGAGCUGGAGGAGGAGCUGGAAGACAUGCCGGUAGACUACGAUAUCCUCUCCUCGCCCUACUAUGCUGUCUCUAGUCCUGAAGUCACCCCGUCCCAGGCCAUGCUGGCGGCCAUCCUGGCGGCCAAGCAGGCCUCCAGCCCUGAGGAGAAGAAGAAAGCCGUCAGGUACUCCAUGAGCUGCAUAGCCCAGAUUCCUCUUCAACAGGACUCCCUGAAAGAGGAGUUUGCCCAGCUGUCAGCCAGCCUGAACCAGCGCCUGGCUUAUCUAGCCAAUAUGGGAAGCUCUUCUGGGCUCGGGACCACGGUGGACAUAUUGCAGGAAAAGAUUGGCAACCUCCAGAAGUCCAGGCUACAGGGGGAGGAACUUGAGAAAGUUUGGGGCCACCAAAUAGAGAUGAUCAAGGACCACUACGUCGUGCUGGACAGGACAGUGGAGCGACUGGAGACUCGCCUGGAUCAGUACAAGAUACUCCAGGCGCAAAUCAAAGCGCUGGAAACGAACACGGUGAACAAGCACAUGAUGGAGCAGGAGCUGAAAGAGAAAGCCGACAGGAGCGCCCUGGCGAGCAAGGCGAACCGGGCCGAUCUGGAGACCACGGCCAUGGAGCUGAACGACAUGAUUCAGGGCAUGCUCUUCAAGGUCUCGGCCCACGAGUAUGACUGGAAGAAGACUGUGGAGCAGCUCAGGAAGGACGUGAGCACCAGGCUAGUCCACAGUGAUCUGGACUCUCUGAAGAAAGAAACGCAAGAGAUCUGGAAAGUUCUCCAGAGGCUGCUGGUUGAGGCCUUCCGAUUCGACCCUGACAGUGCUGCUGGCUUCAGGAAGAAGCUCUUAGAGCGGGUGAAGUGCAUUUCCUGUGACCGGCAGGUGGAGAUGAUGACCAGCCCACAGCUGAUCACCAUCCGCAAAGCCCACCUGCUGUCGAGGCUGCGCCCCGCCAGCGCCAACACCUACGAGUACCUGCAGCGGCAACAGAUGAGGGAACAGCAGCAGCUGCAGCUCCGGGACCUUAGAAUCCAGGAGAACCCCGACUCCCGCCAGCAGAACUGGGGUGAUGGCCCCCGAAACAAUGCCAACCUCAAGCACAAGUCACGCAACCUGUCAACACUCUACCCCUACGGGGACCCUGAACUGAUGGAUUAUGACACUGCCGAGGUGGACAUCCUGGGAGUGGACGGGAUCCUGUACAAAGGCCGAAUGAACAGCCAGAAUGCGGCUCAGCCCUCCGCCACUGUGGACAAGGAGAUGGCAGCUGUGAAGGUCCCGUGUCCCCCAUCUCGAAGCCCGUAUGACCAUGGGGGCUCCAGUGCCUUGUUUGGUGCCAUCUACCCCCCCGUGUGCCCCCGCACCAGCACCUACUCAGACGUCUUGGGCUCUCACCCGACGAUGCCAACUCGGCCUUCCCUGCCGCCGCUGCCGCUGCUGCCACCGCUGGUCCCACACCCGAGGGACCCCCAGCAAGCCCCAGGGCCCACCAGGCCCUCGAGACCUCUGCGCCUCGAAUCCCGAGCCUGCAGACAGCCCCCCGAGAGGCCCGCCAACCCAUGAGCUGCCACCGCGUGCUCCCACCGCCAGGUCACCUCCAUGCUCCUGGCUGAGACCUGGGUGUCUGGCCUGGCCCAGGACAGGGUGGGGGCCCUGGGCAUAGGGGAGGGGUGUGCAUAAGAGACACCCCAUGUUGACCCAGUGGCUGUUUUCACUCUGUCUGUAUAAAUACUAACAACACAGGCCUCUUUUUCUGCAUUUUCAUGGAGAACACAGGGUUUUACAGUGAAUUUUCCACCAAGCCAAGUUAAUUCCUUGACCAAUUUUUAAUACAACACAAAGUGGUUUUAAAAACACUUUCCUUUUUAUCUGCUGAAACGAUUGCAUCAGAAUCUGUUCCAAUUGCAGCUCCUGCCACCGUGCAUUUCAUCUGGGGGCCGUUAUUUCUACGAAGACCAAUUUUCCCCUGGGACACAAAUUUUACUACAUGCAUCCUUUUUUAUUUCAUGUAAUUUCUACCAGUAA